CAGGGUGGUUUUGCUAAAUGCUAUGAGAUGAAAGACAUCAAAACAUCCAAAGUGUAUGCCGGUAAAAUUAUUCUAAAAAGUACCUUGACGAAAGGCAAUCAAAUAGAAAAGAUUUUAAGAGAAGUAGAACUACAUUCGUGUCUCAACCAUAAAAAUGUGGUCGGUUUUCAUAGUUUUUUUGAGGAUUCUACAUCAGUUUACAUGGUUCUAGAAAUGUGUAGCAGAAAGUCACUUGUUCACGUUUUAAAAAGAAGAAAAUCUCUCACAGAACCAGAAGUUAGAUAUUAUAUGCACCAUCUUACCAAUGGGGUAAAAUAUAUCCACAAUCAGAAAAUAAUUCAUAGGGAUUUAAAAUUAGGCAACAUGCUCCUGAAUUCAUCCAUGCACUUAAAAAUUGCUGAUUUUGGAUUGGCAACUAAAAUUGAAUUUGAAGGAGAAAAAAAAAUGACUGUUUGUGGAACUCCAAAUUACAUAGCUCCUGAAGUUCUCCAAAAAGUUGGCCAUAGUUAUGAAGCCGAUAUUUGGGCUAUGGGAUGUGUAAUGUACGCAUUAUUAUGCGGAAGACCGCCGUUUGAAACUUCUUCAUUAAAAGAAACAUAUUUAAGAAUAGUAACAAAUAAGUUUUCUAUACCGCCUCACAUUUCUAUGACAGCCAGAAAUCUUAUCAAGCGCCUGUUAUCUGAAGCCUCAAAUAGACCAGCAUUGGAAAAGAUCUCUAACGAUAAUUUUUUUUUUGAUGGUUUCUUCCCUGAAGAAUUAUCUCCAGCCACUUGCGAUAGUCCGCCGAAAUUUCCUCUUCUGUCA